UCUUUUUUCUGUUUCUUGGCUUUUUGGUUGUAUGACGAUGAGUCUGCUCGCGUUGUCCCGGGUCGCUCCGCACUCUGCCGCCGCCGCCGUCACGCCAUCCAGGAGCAGCGUGAUGCGUGUGCUCUCCACCUGCGCCCGGUCGCCGAGCAGCAGCCGAAGGAUGAGCUCGCUCAGUGUCGCGGCUCGGCAGCCACAUGGCCGCCAGUCGCACCUGCCGCAACCACACUCCACCCGCGCCGCCAUGCCAGCCGCUGGCAAGGGCACCCGUGCAACCAGCGCAGCCGUGUCGUACUCGACGGCUGCGUCGCACGCACCACCAGAGUCCGGCUCACUCACAACGGACGCUCUUCGCGCGUACAAUGAGCAGCAGCAGCAGCAGCGUCCCAGCGAGCAAGCCGCACAGUCACGGUCACCACAGCCGUCAGCUGCACGAGCGCUACUGCUGCGUGUUCAUCAGCGGAGCAAGGUCGGCGCGAUCAAGCUGGUCGUCAAGAACCUCGACCCGCGCAUGGACGACCAGCAGCUCCGAGACAUCUUUGGCGAGUUUGGCACAAUGACGCUGUGCAAAGUGGCAAGCUCGAUCGGAGUGGGCCUUGUGACAUACGAGUCGUUCGACGACGCCCAUGCGGCGAUGACGCAGGUGAACGGCAUGUACCUCAACGGCCAGCAGGUCCAAGUCCACCGCUUGCCAGAGCGGCCAAGUCUCAUUGUGCGCAACCUGCCUGCUGAUGCGAGCGAGGAAUCGCUGGCUGCACUCUGCCGGCCGUUCGGGAGGGUUGGUGUCGCCACCAUCGUGCAAGAAGCGCCGGAAGACGCGCCGAUGGGAGUGGUCUGCCUCGAUCGCUUUGAAGAUGCGCUUACGGCAAUACGCGCCCUUCACGGCAGCAAACUGGGGAGCAAUCAGCUUUCAGUGACCUUCCCGGCAACCAGGGCAGAGCGUGAGUGUGAAUCCGCCGUCGCGCAGCGCCUGGAGCGGCUGCAAGGCAAGCUUGUCAUCAAAAACAUGGACGUGGACAUGGACGACGACCAGUUGGAAGAGCUGUUUGCGCCCUUUGGCACAAUCAUUUCGCUGCACAUUAUGCGUGACGAAACUGGCAAGUCGAAAGGCUAUGGUUUCGUUGCCUAUUCCACCACCGAGGCGGCGAGCAAGGCGAUGGCUGCGACACACGGGCAGACCUUCGAUCGCUUGACGCGUCCAUUGGAUGUCACAAUCUUCACGUCCUCGGAACAUGACGGCAUGUUCAAGGCGAAUCGUGUGGCCGAGGUCAGACACCACGCGGAGGUCGCACGCAUUGCGCAAUUUCGAAAAAACCUGUGCAUCAGAAACCUUGGCGAGUCGAUCGACGAAAAGCAACUUCGCGCCCUGUUUGCGCCCUUUGGCAAGAUUCGGACUUGCCACGUUCUGCGCGACGACAUGGGCCGAUCACGGAAGGUCGGCUUUGUUGAUUUUGCGACCAUGGAGGAGGCCAGCAAGGCUGUUGCCGAAAUGCACGGCAAGCCGUCUCCUGGCACCCAGAUGCCAAUGACCGUUACCUUGUCUCAUCGAGCUCGCGAUGCGCAAGACCCUCCUGCUCCCAAUGCCUCAGGAAAGGACAGUUCAACAGACGAGGCUGAGCCCGAUGCUGAGGGCCAGAUUCGCCCGCGCAAACUCAUCUAUGUGAAAAAUAUCGACCCUGCCGUGGAGCUUGAGGACCUGCAACGGGUUUUUGGCCAAUUCGGAGCCAUCGUCAGUUCCAACAUUAUGCGCGACGACGCGGGCAUUUCCAAGGGGAUUGGCCAUGUGGACUAUUUGCAUGCGGACGCGGCCCGCGCUGCAGUGGCUGCCAUGGAUGGCAAACGCUUGACGGCAACCGGCCAGCCGCUGAGAGUCUCGCUGCCAGAUCCUAGAGAUCGCUUCAGCCCCAUACGCUACGCUAGUCUCAUAAUUAAGAAUCUCGAGCAAAGCAUCAAUCUGAGUGCGUUGCGUGACCUCUUUUCGCCUUUUGGCUGCAUCCUGUCGAGCCGCACGAUCGAAACCCAGCCGCGGGCUGCGUUGGUCGACUUUCUGUCCGAGGAAGCAUGCCAGAACGCCAUUGCAAACAUCAACGGCGCGAUCGUCAACGGCUUGCCGGUGACUGCUUCGCCGUAUGUUCGCAAGGAUCGCCGCUCGGUGUAUGUCGCCAAUCUGCCGGCAAAUUACAACUACGUCAAGUUGAUGGCCUUGUUUGCAGAUUGUGGCAAGAUCGUUACGACGAUCGUGCCCAGGGACUUUUCGACUGUUGGGUUUGUUUGCUUCGACCAGCCGGCCUCGGUAGAAUUGGCCGAGCGCUUCCAUGGUCAUGUCUUGGAGGGCGAGGAGUUGUAUGUCUCGCGGUUCCCUCUUCAGACCGACCCUGCUCCCCCACCGCACGCCACGUCUGAAGUAGCACCGUACCACAUCUUGUACCUGACUAAUGUUGAUUUCGAAGCCUCCGAGGAUAAGGUGCGGGAGCUCUGUGCGCCGUACGGCACUUUGACGGCCGUGCAUGUGCGUCGAAGAGCUGAUGGCACGUCUCGAGGCUUUGCUUUUGUUCAUUUUACCAACGUCGAAGACGCUUCUAAGGCAAAGGACGCACUCAGUGGCCAGAUCCCUGCUGGUUUCCGCCGCCGCAUCGUUGUGAGCUACGCUCAUCCAUUCACUGACGGGCUGCGUCCCGCUGCUGUUUGAAUAUGUGUGGACAGGCGUCAUGCCUCGUUAUGUUGAAGCCAAAAAAAAAAACUAUUCGUGACGCAUCAAAAAUAAACAUUGAAUAACUUAAA